AUAAGUGAGACUCAAUUCUCCAGACUUGAUGGGCACUAAAAGUGCACAAGUGGAAUGGUGUUCAUCCAAAGACAUGGAUUUGUUAAGCUGUAUUUUCUGCUGUAGAUUCAAGCCAUAAACUAUAACAAAUGGUUCAUUUGCUGUGGGACUACUUUUUGGUGUACUUGAUGAGGGCUCUGAGAGUUGCCUUGGAACAGCAAUGGUGUUUUUCAAUGUACCAAGACUUCUGGACUUUAAGAAUUCUCCAACACACCUUCAGUUCAACAGGUAUGUUUUGACUGGAUAUCGCCCCGCAUCCACAUGCACAGGAUGUUUAAGAAGUCUCUUUUACCUGCACAAUGAAUCUGGAAAUAUCUACACACAUGGUGUCUCGUUUGUCUGCUUUCUUUUGCUAUUGCCUCUCAGCAUUCCCUGGUCUGAAAUGGAUGAACAGUGGCUUUGCUUUGUGCACUACCUAGCCUGCCUCUCUCCCACUGUUGGCUCAGUCCUCUAUCACAUCUUCAUGAAUCAUGAAGGCGGAGCUCGAGUUUAUGAUGCCCUGCUCUGCUUCGACAUGUUCGGCGUCUGUCUCGUCAACACUCUGGGUGCUUUGCCAAUCGUGCACAUCACUCUCCUAUGCCAGCCCUGGGCGCGCCAUGCUGCCAUGUUUGGCUACGUGCUCUUCUCUUGCCGUGGUGUCCGUGAUGCGCUAAUUGCUCGGAGCGGUGCUCGACGUCUGCAAUCAUUUGCAUUCCAAGCCUUGUUCCGGGCGUUCCUGUUUUUCCUGCGCUGGUUCAAACUUGGCACUGGAAACCCUGAGUCACUCCAUCUAUAUGUCAUCAUGGAUGUGCUGGCUUUGAUGGGUGGUCUGGUCAAUGUGUGGCGCGUUCCUGAGCGCUUCAGCCCUGGCACCUUUGACUACUGGUUAAACAGUCACCAGAUCAUGCAUAUAGCAGUCAUUCUGGCCAUAUUGUACUUGCACUGGGGCACCAUGGAGGAUUUGGCAUGGCUGAAGGGCUACGAGUGUCCUCAAAAAUGAACGAAAUAAUAGCUAGUACUUGCUAGGGUGGGAGGAAUAUGAAACAAAGUACAGGCAACAUAUCAUUGUCUUCAGCACACCAUGUACAAGUGCAUUGCAGUGGCUCAGAAGCCAAAGUUGUCCCAUAAACAAAUUAACCAAAAGAAGGUGAUGAGUUUGUCUGGAAUAUAUACUGCCUAAGCUGCAUUCAGAAAUGAGAAGCAGUUUGCUCAUGCCUGAAUAUAAAGUUUGCAUAUAAUGCUGCCUUAAAAGAUCCCUUAAUUUUUCUGUCUAACGUGUCCCAUAAUCAAUUAAAAAAUGGUGUCGAAAAGUCCACUGGGUGAGAGAGAAGUUCCUGUAUAAAUUUACAUUGUCUGUA